GCUCGUCUCCGGAGCUCUCGCGCCUCAUUUCCUCCCCGCCUCCCGUCGACUGCGUGCUGCCGUCGCCGCGCGAGCUCCUUUACGCCCGCAACGUCCCGAACCGUUUACUGGACGCCGGCAGCUGCCACUCGGUAGCCGCCCCCUGAGGCCGCAGCCGUCGUCCUCUCCUCUACCCACCUGGGAGCGACUCGGAAAGGCGGAAAACUUUGAAUCACAGGUCUGUUUCCAGACACCUCCAACAUUAAAAUGGCCUCUGCAGUAAUUAGUUCAGUUCCUACUACAGCAUCUAGAUUUGCUCUUUUGCAAGUUGAUAGUGGUAGUGGAUCCGAUUCAGAAUCUGGAAAGGGAAGAAGUGGUCGGAGUGGUGGAAAGUCCCAAACGUCAGGCAGCAAGUCAACCACAAAUGAGAAGAAAAAAGAAAAGAGGAGGAAAAAGAAGGAGCAGCAACAGAGUGAAGCAAAUGAGCUCAGAAAUCUCGCUUUUAAAAAGAUUCCUCAGAAAACAUCCCAUGGAGCUUGCUUGUCUCAGCAGGAGCAAGCAUUAAAUAAUUCAGCACGGAAAGACUCUCAGGAAGAGAACUGGCAAGAGUGGAGACAAAGAGAUGAACAGUUAACUUCUGAAAUGUUUGAAGCAGAUCUUGAAAAGGCUUUACUUCUAAGCAAACUGGAAUAUGAAGAACACAAAAAGGAAUAUGAAAAUGUUGAAAAUGCUUCUCCUCCAUCAAAGGCUGCACACAAAAAAGAAAAAAGAAAAAAUCAGCAGGGAAAAGACAAACCUCUCACUGUGUCUUUGAAAGACUUUCAGUCUGAUUCCAUCAUCAUAGAUCACCUUCCCAAAAAGCAGGAGGAAUCAAGCUCCUCACAUAUUCCCUUACGUGAUGAUGAGUUCUUCAAUAGACUGGAAGAUGAUGUGCAUAAAAUACUUAUUAGAGAAAAAAGAAGAGAGCAUAUUACAGACAAUGGAACGGAUAACAGUACAUCUCAUGACCACACACAGGAUUUUUUCCUGAAAGAUGGAAGAAUAGAGAGACUAAAACUGGAACUUGAAAAGAAAGAUGCAGAAAUCCAGCAGUUGAAGAGUGUAAUCACUCAGUGGGAGGCAAAGUAUAAGGAAGUAAAAGCACGAAAUGCACAGCUGUUGAAAAUGCUACAGGAAGGUGAAAUGAAAGAUAAAGCCGAAAUACUACUUCAGGUUGAUGAAUCUCAGAGUAUUAAGAACGAGCUGACUUUACAGGUUACUAGUCUUCAUGCUGCAUUGGAACAAGAAAGAUCUAAAGUGAAAUUACUGCAAGCAGAGUUAACAAAAUAUCAGGGUGGAAGAAAAGGGAAAAGAAAUUCAGAGUCUGACCAGUGCAGGUGAUCACACUUGUACCAAAUUUAAAGCAAAAAUAAUAAUAUCUUUAUAUUCAGGGGUUUUGCAGACAUGUAUAUUUGUACUACUGCUUAACUAUGCAGUUUUUGGGGGUUGGGAGUAAAGUUUAAUUAACUAACAAUCUGAAUAUUCAAUCUAUUGCACUUCUAGUGUAAAGAAGAGAAGCUGGAAACUAAUAUUACAGUGACACUCAAACCUUGUUUGUGCUAAUACUACAUCUAGUUUUUCAUCAGUCAAUAAAACUUUUUGUCAUUUUUAUGA